UCGGCAGAUUGAAUUAGCGGUGGCAAGCUAGCUAGGUUCAGUUCUCCGCUUUCGCUGACUCUUAUAAACAGUUAUUGUUUAACAGCCUGUCGUUUCUACCGAGCGGGAUUAACGUGACCGAGGCGUGAAAGAAUAUGCCCAAAAAUAAAGGUAAAGGAGGAAAGAAUCGACGACGUGGAAAGAACGAGAAUGAGUCCGAGAAAAGAGAGCUGGUGUUCAAAGAGGAUGGACAGGAAUAUGCUCAGGUGAUUAAAAUGCUGGGGAACGGACGCCUGGAGGCCAUGUGCUUUGAUGGCACCAAGCGGCUUUGCCACAUCAGAGGAAAACUCCGGAAAAAGGUUUGGAUUAACACGUCAGACAUCAUCCUGGUCGGACUGAGAGAUUACCAGGAUAACAAAGCUGAUGUCAUCCUCAAGUACAACGCAGACGAGGCUCGCAGUUUGAAAGCCUACGGAGAGCUGCCAGAGCACGCCAAAAUCAAUGAGACAGACACCUUUGGACCUGGAGACGAUGAUGAGAUCCAGUUUGAUGACAUUGGCGAUGAUGAUGAGGACAUUGAUGAUAUCUAGAGACCUGCCACCAGAGGAGGAAGGUGGGAUUUUACUAGAGAUGCUCCGAUUGGGAUAUUUUGAGCCGAUACACCGCACCAAUAAUAAUUAUUUUUAUUAAGAUCAGCCUAUGCCAAUCCAAUACAGUUUAUUAAUAUACAGUAUGUUUCAAUUAAUGCCAGUUUGUUUAGCAUCGGUAGACGUCUUUGUUGUUUGGAGAACUUUAAGUGCAUUUCACAUAGGAGCUAAAAAAAAAAAAAAGAAGACAUCAGUACUUUGAGUUUCUUGUUAACAUGAAUGAAUAUGAGAUGCUGCUUCAGUAAGACUGUCUCAGUUAUCACUCGUAGCAACGGGGGGGCGAUGCAGCAGGCUGCCUGGUGACUGAUGAUGACGCAGACAGUUUCCUUUUCCUGCCUUCAUGCAGUUGGAUUGGAGAAUCAGAGUAGGCUGAUCACCAGCAUCAUAAUUAGGGUGAAUAUCUGGAGCAUUGCCAGAUUUUUACCUUUCUGCUUCUAACAUCCACAAAAUGGCAGAUUUGCCGUCUCAUUCACGGGGUUCUUCUGUUUUUUUUCUUCUUCUCCUGUAUAGUCCAAACACUCGCUGUUUUAUAGAGGCUGAUGCCGAUACCAUGACUGCAAAAUAUUUCACACCAAAUGCGUCAUCUUUUAAAAAUGUAUUUAUAUUGAUUUCACACUAUGUGGAAUUUAGCAACAAGUACAGAAUCUCUGGAUUCGCCAAUAAAAAGAUAAACCAUUUUGUGUUUUUUUUUUUUUUUAGUUUUAGUUUUUUUCUUUUUGGCAGUCUGUAUCCUUGUAGCUGUAGCCUGUGAGACAGUUUAUAAAGUUCAAGACAGUUUGAAAGCUGUUUAUUAAUGAUCGAAAGGUAAUAACACUGCUCUGUAUCUUCAGCAUGUUUCGUUUUGUCAUCAUAUUCCGCCGACAGCUUUUUAAACUCUAUCUUUGCUCAUUUUGAAUCGAACCAUGGCCAAAUGAAGGCAAUCCCUUUCCACUGAAAUCUAAAGGAGAAUCAAAUGUAUUUUUCUGUUGUCUCCCUUAUUCGUGUUUCUGUCUGUUGUUUGUUUCCAUGUUCUGUUUCGAACUCUUCGCUGCUCGCUCUGUGGCUUCAACACACAGUGAAGCUCGGCCCGGAUCGGCCGCUCUGUCUCACGUUAGACCAGCGGUUCCCGAACUUUUACACCACAGAUACACACCAGUAAAACCUCACAGCAGAGCCAUCUGUCUUACUUAUUCUCUGAACCUCUAGAAAAUCAAAUAACAGUGAUAUAUAUACAGUACAUUAUAUCUAUUUUCCUCCCCCCGCCCGCCUCCUCUGGAACCUUCCCCAUAUUCUCCGAGGGGGCCUGGCACCUCAGUUUGGGAACCACUGUUCUAGACCACAUGGGGCCUGUUGCUGUUGUUGCUGUAACUCUGAAUUAAAAAUGUACUAUGAUGUUUGAAGGCUGGGUUUCCAAUAAAGAUCUUAACUCCA